AAACAAGUCCAACCGUAAAACGGCCCCAUCAAGCCCAUAACCCAAAUCCUUCCCGCGUAUUAAUUCUAACGGAAAAAAACCCCUUGAAUUUCGCCUUCCCGCUCCCCCCAAUCUCUUCAAAAUUUCAGCGCCUAAAUAACUUUCCCUUUCUCUUCCAUUUCCCAAAACCCUCACACUCUCUCUCUAACCUAAUUUUUCAAUUCUCUUCCCAAUCUCUUUUCACCAUGGCAGGUAAGCGCAAAACUAGGUCAUCCUCCACAUCUGCCAUCGGUGACGCUGUAACCUGCAAUUCAAAUUCCGGUGACACUCAAACCAAAUCUACAAAACAGACGAGGUCAUCCUCAUCCUCGUCGCAGAAGAAAUCUCGAAGAAAGACAGAUCUGGAUAUUGCUUCUUCAGGUGCGGAAAAGAAGCAAGCGAGUGAAGCUGUUCGAGUGACUGUUGAUGGUGUUGACGGCAACGGUGGUGGUGAUGUUGAAGUUUCUAACUCCAAAUUUCUUGGAGAUCCGGUUCCUGAUGAGGAAGCUAAACGGCGGUGGCCAAUACGGUAUCAAGAGAAGGAGAAGAAGAAAUCCAAUGGUUCAAAGUCAAAUAGUGAUAAUGAGGAAAUUAUUCGAGCUCGACAUCACUACACGCAGGCAUAUGUUGACGGGGGUGCGAUUUACAAUCUCUAUGACGAUGCACAUGUGCAAGGCGAGGAAGGAGGGGAACAUUAUAUCUGUAAAAUCAUUGAGAUGUUCGAGUCGAUUAAUGGGAAAUUGCACUUCAGGGCACAAUGGUAUUAUAGAGCAAAUGACACCGUCAUUAAACAUCUUGGACAUCUUAUCGAACCAAAGCGAGUUUUCUUUUCAGAAGUCCAAGAUGACAAUCCAUUGGAUUGUCUUGUUGAAAAAUUAAACAUUGCUCGAUUACAACUAACGGUAGAUUGUGAUGCAAAGAAGGAAAAAAUUCCACCAUGUGAUUAUUACUGUGACACUCUCUAUCUUCUGCCAUACGCUACAUUUGUUAAAUUACCAUCAGAAAACAAGGAAACUGGUAGUGAGACUUCCUCAACAAUUUCUUCUGAUAUUGAAGUAAAUGGUAAAUCAGAGGUGAACUCGAAACCUGCCAGCACUUUAAACAGUGUCGAAAAUAAACAACCAGAAAUGAAGUUGCUAGAUUUGUAUUCUGGUUGUGGAGCAAUGUCAACUGGUCUAUGUCAAGGUGGAAUUCUAUCCGGGUCGAAUAUUGUUACGAGAUGGGCAGUUGACAUUAAUGAAGAUGCUUGUAAGAGUCUUAAACUAAACCAUCCUGAAACUGAGGUUCGAAAUGAAACCGCAGAAAAUUUCCUUUUGUUAUUGAAGGAAUGGGAGAAGCUAUGUUGCUACUUCUCCUUAAUAACAAAUAUGGUUCCACAUGAAGAAUUUACAAAACUUUUUAAUGAGGAAGUGGAAGAAGAUGAUAGCGCUGAGAUUGAAGAGAACACCGGUGAAGAAAUCUUUGAAGUUUUCAAAGUACUUGCUGUAUGUUAUGGUGUUCCAAAAACCAAAAAGAAAAUCAAAAACAAACUUGGGCUAUACUUUAAGGUUUCUUGGAAGGGCUAUGGUCCUAAUGCAGAUUCAUGGGAACCUAUUGAAGGUUUAAGUAAUUGUAAGGAAAGAAUAAGAGAUUUCGUGAUUCGAGGCUUUGAAUCGAACAUCUUACCAUUGCCGGGACUUGUGGAUGUGGUAUGCGGAGGUCCUCCUUGUCAAGGAAUAAGCGGCUUCAACCGCUUUAGGAACGAUCAGAAUCCUUUAGAAGAUGAAAAAAAUCAACAACUAGUUGUAUUCAUGGAUAUUGUUCGGUAUCUUCGGCCAAAAUAUGCAUUGAUGGAAAAUGUUGUCGACCUUGUUAAGUUUUCAGCCGGUUAUCUUGGAAGAUAUGCGUUGGGGCGUCUUGUUCAAAUGCACUAUCAGAGUCGCAUGGGAAUUAUGGCGGCAGGAGCUUAUGGGCUUCCACAGUUUCGGCUACGUGUAUUCAUAUGGGCUGCCGCACCUUCUGAGAAGCUACCUCAAUUUCCAUUUCCGACUCAUCAUGUCGUGGUACGAGGUGUUAUUCCUUCGGAGUUUGAGGGAAACACAGUUGCUUAUAACGAAGGGCAUACUGUUAAGCUGCAAAAGAUACUUGUAUUGGAAGAUGCUAUUUCCGACUUACCUCCGAUUGAAAAUAAUGAAACUCGAGAUGAUAUGCAAUAUGUCAAUCCUCCUCAGACAGAGUUUCAAACGUUCAUUAGAUUAAGUGAAAUCGAAAUGUUAGGUAUUUCAGCUGAAAAAAAAUCUUCAAAAUCCUUGUUGCAUGAUCAUCGUUCUUAUAAAAUGAAUACCGAUGAUUAUCAACGUGCGUGUCUGAUUCCAAUAAGAAAGGGAGCAUGCUUCAGAGAUUUACGAGGUGUUCGUGUACGUGCUGACAAUAAAGUUGAAUGGGAUCCUAAUGUGGAACGUGUAUAUUUGCCGUCUGGAAAACCAUUGGUACCGGAUUAUGCAAUGAGUUUUGUGAAUGGAACUUCGUCAAAACCAUUUGCUCGACUAUGGUGGGAUGAAACUGUUCCAACUGUUGUGACGAGACCUGAACCUCAUAAUCAGGCAAUUUUGCAUCCAGAGCAAGAUAGAGUGUUAUCCAUUCGUGAAAAUGCAAGACUUCAAGGUUUUCCCGACUUUUAUAAGUUAUGUGGAUCUGUAAAAGAAAGAUACAUUCAAGUUGGGAACGCAGUUGCAGUUCCGGUUGCUCGAGCUUUAGGAUAUAGUCUUGGUCUUGCAUUUCAAGGUGUUGCUGGUGAUGGACCAUUGUACACAUUACCUGAUAAAUUUCCUAUGAUUAAAGAACAUGUUUCCUCUGAAUUAUUUGAAGAAGUUGCUUAAUGUAAGUUAGUUUGUAUGAUUAUAAUUUAUCAGAUAAUCAGAAGUUGAAUUUGUAUGAUUGAUGUUUUUUUGGUGGAAUUAUUAUCAUUGUUGUAUAACAAUAUUCUUCAACUUUGUUAUUCAAUAGUUAAAAAACUAGACGAAAA